AAACGCUCGCAGGGGGAAGAUGGCGGCGCUGGGGCCGCCGCUGCGCACUUUCCGUUGCCUCUUGCGUGAGCUUCGUUCUGCGAAAGGGGAGGCUGGCGGUUCGUACCAAGGCACGGCGGCUUGUCAGUACUUGAAGGAGGCCUUCCGCGCUCAUCGGGUAACCAGUGAAAAGUUAUGCAGGGCCCAACAUGAUCUACAUUUCCAGGCUGCCACCUAUCUCUGUCUUCUGCGCAGCGUCCGUAAGCACCUAGCACUGCAUCAGGAAUAUCAUGGCAGUGGAGAGCGCUCACCAGAGGAAGUGGCUGGGCUUGUGGGCCUUAAGCUACCCCACCAGCCUGGAGGGAAAGGGUGGGAAUCAUAAAUAUGAAAUAACUUGCUAAUCUUAAAAGAACUUUGUUUAAAUAAAAAUGAUUUU